UACAACCCAAAGAUAUAUACCUGUUCUUUUCUCAUUUCCAUCAUAUCUAAUAGUACCAGUAACAUCACAGUGCUCUGCGAUUCCUAUCCAUCUCUUUCUCUCUCUACAGUCUGUGUUUCUCUCUCUAGCCAUGUCGGACGAAGAGCACCACUUCGAAUCCAAGGCCGACGCUGGAGCUUCCAAGACCUAUCCUCAGCAGGCUGGGACCAUCCGCAAGAACGGUUACAUCGUCAUCAAGAACAGGCCUUGCAAGGUUGUGGAGGUCUCAACUUCCAAAACUGGCAAGCAUGGUCAUGCUAAAUGUCACUUUGUUGCAAUCGACAUCUUCAAUGCAAAAAAGCUUGAAGAUAUUGUUCCCUCUUCCCAUAAUUGUGAUGUCCCCCAUGUUAACCGUACUGACUACCAACUGAUUGAUAUCUCUGAGGAUGGAUUUGUGAGCCUGCUUACUGAGAAUGGUAAUACUAAAGAUGACCUGAGGCUUCCAACCGAUGAUAAUCUGCUCUCGCAGAUCAAGGAUGGAUUUGCUGAGGGGAAGGAUCUUGUUGUGAGUGUGAUGUCUGCCAUGGGUGAGGAGCAGAUCUGUGCCCUCAAGGAUAUUGGUCCCAAGUAACCUUCUUAUGUUAUGGAGAAUGCUCGAUGCUUUAAAGUUUGAAAUAGACAUUAUAGUACCUUACUCAUGGCUUUUAUGUGACCACAUUGAGGAACAUUCUUUUAUGUGACCGCGUCCUCAUUUCUCAAGAGAAUUUCUCAUAUUAGGGAUUGCAUAAUUGAUUGUUUUGUGUUCUGUUUCGAUAAACUGCGUGGGCUUUUUGUCUUUCUUCUGGGGUGUGGGGAAAACCAAUUUCCCAGCAAAACUGUACACUAUUUUGCAUCUUCGGAUGUUGCGAAGUUGUGAUUUAUAGAUUCAUUAUCCAUUCAGUUGGUUUCCUUCCUAA